GGCGGCGCCGCCGCCGGAUACAGUGUAGCCGACUGCGAGUGUAGCCGUUCGAUCGGGCCCGAGUGCAGGCAGCAGGUCCCCCCGCCCGCCGGCUCCGCUCCCCCGCGCCAUGGCUCCCUCUCUCACCGCCGACCCCAGCUACAAGGCCCUGGCUGACUGGCACAAGCAGCACGCCUCCUGCCUCAACCUGCGCAAGCUCUUCGAAGCCGAGCCCGACCGGUUCAGCCGCUUCAGUCUGACGCUGAGCACCGAUGAUGGGGAGCUGCUGCUGGAUUACUCCAAGAACCUCAUCACUGAGGAGGUGAUGAAGCUGCUCAUCAACCUGGCAAAGUCCCGGGGUGUGGAGGAGGCCAGGAAGCGAAUGUUCACCGGAGAGAAGAUCAACUUUACGGAGAACCGGGCCGUGCUUCACAUUGCUCUGAGGAACAGCCCCGAUGUUCCGAUCCAGGUGGAGGGCAAGAAUGUGAUGCCGGAGGUGACUGCGGUGCUGGAGAAGAUGAAGAAGUUCUGCCAGAGAGUGAGGAGCGGAGAGUGGAAGGGAUUCACAGGCAAAGCCAUCACCGACGUCGUCAAUAUUGGGAUCGGCGGAUCAGACCUGGGGCCACUGAUGGUCACUGAAGCACUGAAACCUUACUCCAAGGAUGGUCCAAAGGCCUGGUUUGUGUCCAACAUUGACGGGACUCACAUGGCCAAGACUCUGGCAGAGCUGAACGCGGAGACCACACUCUUCGUCAUCGCGUCUAAGACUUUCACCACCCAGGAGACCAUCACCAAUGCUGAGUCAGCGAAAGAGUGGUUCAUGCAGGUGGCCAAGGACCCUGCUGCUGUUGCCAAGCACUUUGUCGCCCUGUCAACCAACGCGGACAAAGUGAAGGCGUUUGGAAUCGACCCGGACAACAUGUUUGAGUUCUGGGAUUGGGUCGGCGGACGUUACUCCCUCUGGUCGGCUAUCGGACUGUCCAUCGCCCUACACAUAGGGUUUGAGAACUUCUCCCAAUUGUUGAAAGGAGCCCAUUGGAUGGACAAACACUUCCAAUCGGCUCCACUGGAACAGAACGCUCCUGUUCUGCUGGCUCUGCUGGGGGUUUGGUAUAUCAACUUGUACAACAUGGAGACCCAUGCUCUCCUGCCCUACGAUCAGUACAUGCAUCGUUUCGCUGCCUACUUCCAGCAGGGCGACAUGGAAUCCAAUGGCAAGUACGUCACUAGCACCGGGACCCGGGUGAACUACAACACUGGGCCCAUUGUCUGGGGUGAGCCUGGCACCAACGGGCAGCACGCCUUCUACCAGCUGAUCCACCAGGGAACACGCAUGAUCCCCGCCGAUUUCCUCAUCCCAGUCCAGACCCAGAACCCAAUCAGGAACGGGCUGCACCACAAGAUCCUGCUGGCCAACUUCCUGGCUCAGACCGAGGCCCUAAUGAAGGGAAAGACGGCAGAAGAGGCUCGGAAGGAACUGCAGGCGGCGGGUCUGAGCGGAGAGGCCCUGGAGAAGCUGGUUCCCCACAAGGUGUUUGAGGGGAAUCGUCCAACCAACUCCAUCGUCUUUAAGAAACUGACCCCGUUCAUGCUGGGGGUUCUGAUUGCCAUGUACGAGCACAAGAUCUUCGUGCAGGGGAUCAUCUGGGACAUCAACAGCUACGACCAGUGGGGCGUGGAGCUGGGCAAACAGUUGGCCAAGGCAAUCGAGCCUGAACUCGCCACCCCUGACCCCAUCAGCUCGCACGACAGCUCCACCAAUGGGCUCAUCAACUUCAUCAAGAAGAACCGCACCUGAGCUCCGACCCACGGAGGAACCCCGAGCUCAGUUUAGACCACGUCCAUCCUCCCUGUGUGAUGGAGCUUUGUACCGUGUGUGCCCCUGCAUUUACCUCACCCGUAAUGUCGCUUCACCUUGCCCCGUCGACAACCAGUGUCAGACUGUAAGCCUGUUGUAGUGACGUUACAGCCCUUGAGCUGUCUGUGUGUGCACACUGUCACUCGUGCUCACUUAGUGCCAGGUCCUGCACCCUUAACACACACACACAGUGUAGAAACUGGAGCAAGUUAAAAAUAAAACUUCAUCUCAA